AAAAUAUCCCCAUCGCCUUUACCACUUGCAACUUCGAUUCUCAAUUUCUCAAUCCCAGAAAUUAGAUUUAUAUCCCAAAAAGAAAAGAAGAAAAAUAUUUUUAAAAAAUGGCACCUCCACACGGCGAAAAGUCAACAGAAGUCAAAGACGCCGUCGAUAACCGCCCUAUCUCCACCAUCGUCUUCAUCAUCGCUAUGCAAACGGAGGCGUCACCUCUUGUUAACAAGUUUGAGCUUACUGAGGACGUUGAUUCAGUGUUUCCAAAGGGAGUCCCUUGGGUACGGUUCUAUGGUAAUUACAAGGGUCUCGCCAUUAAUAUUGUUUGUCCUGGGAAAGACCCAGCAUUGGGGGUUGAUGGUGUGGGCACGGUUUCUUCAUCUCUUGUGACAUAUGCUUCUAUCCAAGCAUUAAAGCCUGACCUCAUCAUAAAUGCUGGCACAGCAGGUGGAUUUGCGGCCAAAGGUGCUUCAAUAGGAGAUGUGUUUCUUUCAUCAGAAGUUGCUUUCCAUGACAGAAGAAUACCAAUCCCAGUAUUUGAUAUAUAUGGAGUUGGUUCGCGGAAGGCUUUUGCUACACCCAACCUUCUGAAGGAGCUUAACCUGAAGGUUGGCAAACUAUCUACUGGUGACUCUCUAGAUAUGUCUCCAAUGGAUGAAGCAUCUAUCGUUUCAAAUGAUGCAACCGUUAAAGACAUGGAGGGAGCAGCCAUAGCUUAUGUGGCAGAUCUGUUGAAAGUUCCUGUCAUUUUUCUGAAAGCUGUGACAGACAUUGUGGAUGGUGAUAAACCAACACCGGAAGAGUUUUUGCAAAAUCUGGCAGCAGUAACCGCUGCUCUUGAUCUAACUGCCACCCAAGUUGUUGAUUUCAUCAGUGGGAAAUGCUUGUCCGAACUGUGAUCUAAUCUUAUUUCAUCCCAUGCUAAUGACAUAUUUGUGUCUAGGCGAUUCCAGACUUCUGGGCAGUGAGAAUAUUACUUUCCUUCAAACUGCAUACUAUUUUUGUAGUACAUUGCAUCGGCCUCACAUUGUUCCAGCUAGUUUCUGUAAACAUAGCUGCUAUUCUGAAACUGUUGUAAGAUUAAUGAAUGAGUUUUAAAAUUUGAUGGAAAUUGUAGUUGGGGAA